AUGUCCCUGGCGGAAACGUUUAUAGAGGAAGACGGUUUCGGCUUCAUUCCUAGGCCUGCCCGCAAUAAACACAAUCAACCGUACGAAAUUGUUCGAAGGUACACAAUGACGAACAAGCACAAAGCGUCGGUGCAAUUGAUAUCUUGGGGCGCUACUAUCCAAGCCAUCAAGAUACCAAAUCAAUCGGGCAUUUUGGGCGACGUUGUUCUAGGAUUCGACGACCUGGAGGGAUAUUUGAAGAACAGGUACAUAGGGAGCACGAUUGGCCGAGUCGCGAAUAAAAUUUCUAUGGGCAAAGUGAAGAUUGACAACAAGGAUUACUCUUUGACCAUCAACGACAAAUAUAGCAUGAGCCAUUACAACGGGGGUUUCAUUGCGUUCGAUAACGUUAAUUGGAAUUCUUACAUAUUCAAGAAGCACGUGGUGAUGACCCAUACGAGUUCACGAAACAGCGAGGGAUAUCCGGGCGAUCUGCUUACGCAGAUUAAAUAUUCCUGGACGGAUGAUAAUCAGUUAAUCAUAAAUAUCCGCGCUUGCGCUACAGAACCGACACCUGUUAACAUUACUAAUAAUUGUUUGAUGAAUCUUGCUGGACAUGCUACCGGUCCGAAGGAAUUGAGAAAACACGUAAUCUCGUUGAACGCUGGUAGCUGGACCUUCACGAAUAUUAUAAAUGAUUUGCCGACAGGUGCUAUAUAUCCGGUUGAUCGUACGAAAAAUUUAGUAGCAGUGAUCUAUUGGAACACGUUGAAUUUUGAAUUAUUAUUAGAUAUAAUUCUCACAUUUAUUUUCUUCCCCCCCUUUCCUCUUCGAAGAAUUAUUCAUCCCGGGUCUGGAAGAACUUUAGAGUUAUAUUCGAAUCACCCGGGGUUACGGUUCUCCACCGGAAACGAUUUGCCGGACUUCGGUCUGGUUGAGAAGGAUAUUUGGGGCAAGGACGGCGUACGGUAUCAAAGGCACGGUGGAUUCAUUUUGUCGCCCCAAAAUUAUCCCGAUUCGAUCAAUAUUAAGAAUUUUCCAUCUUGCGUGCUUUAUCCCGGCCAAAUUUACACACACGACCUGUCGUACAAAUUUGGUCUGUUAACGAAAAAUUAAAUAAAUUUUAAAAAA